GGGAGCCGCCCGCCGCGUCCCAUAAAGAGCGGCCCGGGGCCCGGCGGCGCUCGCUGCGGAGCGGGGUCCCGUUUCUGCCUCUCGGCCGCCGCUUUCCCUGGGACACCAGGCUUCUCCCGGAGACAGGCGCAUUCCCCGUUGUGUCGCUGCUAUGGCCUCCGUCCCCUCCGCCGGCUGCCUCCUGGCCAAGAACCAGUACUACAGAACAAGACUGAGCUCAGAAUCCAGUGUUUCUUCCAGCUCCUCCUGCUCUUCAGAUGCUGUGAACAUCACAGACCAGGACAAAGCAUUGCAUGGGUUACCUGAGUUAGUUGAUAAAUAUUGGUGGAUAAAAAGCUUCUUCCAUAGUGAACCCUCUCCACCAGCUGUCGGCAGAAAAACACUCUCAGCAAGCAGUACCAACAGUUGAAAAGGACAGCGUGAUGGCUUUUCUUACUGAGAUGCUACGUACAGACUUGUUUUUCCAAGAGGCUUGAGGUCUUCCUUGUGUCUGGGUUCAGCUGCAAGAAGAAAACAAAACCUUUAGGAGAGUGGAAAAGUGUGUUUUCAAAAUACUUGUCAGUAGCUAAAAUGAUAUUGCUUAAUGGACAUAUCCAUGGCCUACCGUGUUCUUUCCAGAUUUGCCAUAAUUUGAGAUGUCUCUCUAAUGGAAGUUUCCAGGAUUAAACAUCCUGAUGACUUACUUGAAUAAUUAGAGAAAAGUGUCAGCAAAAAUAAGGCAUCAUAGGUUUAGGAGGAAGAUGUGUAUUGAGUGACUUUGCAAUAGGUGAUUCAGUUAGGUUACCUUUAAGGUACCAGCUCUGUGGGCAGUCACAGUGAUGUAAACAAGAUUCAGAUCUAUAAUCCAGAGUAGGAUUGCUGUGUGGCACAUGUCUUUCAUCCAGUAUUUGUGUACCAGUUACAGGGUGUAAGUUUACAAGAAUCCUUGUCAACAGCAUUGCUUUUGGAAAGCCCAAUUAGAUGAAGAAGCAAUAAUCAGUUUGGGUUCUUUGAUCAAGCAGGGUGCAUAGAUCCCAACUUCAAAUACCCAGGUACAACUUUCACUCCUACCUAUGUAUGCUGGUAUUUGAGGACAGAAUAGAGGAGAUACACAAUAAACCAGUAAUCCUAAUGGACACUGACCUCUUUCAAGGCGAAGAGCAACCUUAAUCAGAGUUGAUACUUAACUGCUAGUUCUUUUUAGAUUUCUUCUGCCUGCUUUGUUGUGGCUUAAAGAGCUACUUGCUCCUAAGCGACUAAUUCUAUCAAUAUUCUGCUGUCAGAUUAGUUAUGGGCUAGAUCUGACAAAGGAUUCCACUCAAAGUAAUCACAUUAUUGUUGUUAUCCUUUGUCAUGCUCUUAAAAGCUACUAUAACAUUGCAAUGCUGAAGACUAAAUGAAGCUAAUUAGUAUAGAGAUUGUUUAUUCUAUUGGGCAUGACUGAAAUGCAUCAGGGAUUAUGGAAAAUAACAAGUAUUUAGCUGGAUGAUAACGUUUUUGAUAAGUAUCUAUGCAACUUUUUGAUGUGCUAUCAAUAAACGUGAUGAAUAUUUUUCCGUCACUGGUUGAACUAACAAUAGCAAACAUUAAUGUAGCCAACAUAUUUUUAUUAUAGAUUAAUGGUUGUCACGGUUAUGCAUAACUCCAAGGUGUAUCAAGUGGCUGCUUCAGGAAGCUUAUGGUCUUGGUGGAGACAAUAAAUGCAUAGCAGAUGACAACAGAAAAGAGCAUAAUUCUGAAAACAUGAUUUCAAGGGUCUUUAAAUUGACUUGUGUCUUACUUUACUGCUAUUGUAUAGUUUCAUCUUUGUCCUUUCUCUAAGUGUACAGAAUGACUCUUUUUAUACUAAGAUUUUUUUAUUAAUAAAGAUUUAAUCAUGA